AUGUCCAGAUUAACGGUAGACAAAAUCCAUGUUAAAAAUCUUCGUGCCUACUACGACGAUAAUACAGGAACGGAGGUGGAGGAGACUGAUGCGAUGCUUUACUACAAAACUCAAACUUUCUAUUGUAAGAUAACAAUUGAGCUACCUACCUGUACAGCGGACAAGGAUUGGUCCAUAGGACUCGUACAGGCAUGUGAUUUUAUGUACCUGGCAAACGAUUAUGGUGGCCUAGGUAACUCCCUGUGGGAGUUCCAUCCGCUCAAAAGUGGCCUUAGAAAGGUGAUCAACGACAGCGAUGGACGUCAGUAUCCAUUCUACAGCGUAAAUCAAAGUCUCUACAAUAUCAAGAAGGGUAUUGUUCGAAGAACAACGGUGAAUCUUCAAAUAAAAGACUAUUUCCAUCCUUCAGUGGUUUGGGAGCUGCCAUACUCCAAAGGUGUUCAUUUAUCCGAAAUAAACCGGAAGCAGAAGUUCUUCAUCUGGUUGGUAGCCAUCAAGUAUGGCAAAAAGACAUAUGGCAAGGACGAAAUACACAUAUUAAAGAAAAUUCGGUGGGAGUACAACUUACAUAUGGAGGUUGACCCGCAUAUGCCACUGGGGCAGAAAGUGAGAAAAAUUUACGACGUACAAGACGGAUCCAUAAUGAUGUGCGAUUCGAGUCGCAGUCAGAAGCUGCCAGCUGCAGCUACUUAUGCACCACACUGUAACGCAGCUCAGUCCCUCAUAUGGUACCCCAGAGAUCCCCUUCGACACUCAAGGAUCCUAGUUCCUCCAAAGCAAAUCAUUGUGCCCUGGGAAACCUGGGUCUAUGACAUGCUCGGAUCUACUGCUCGAAUACGCAGACCGAUUGAUGUCACCGAGAUCUCAGAAUCCGUCGUCUGUGCAUAG